AUGCAGCUGUGUGUGAGAGAAUGUUCAGGAGGGGAGCCUGGUGUGAGAGGCGAGGUGAACAAGGUGCAUGGACCCGGAGGGGAGAGCCAUCAGCCUGCACAGGGGACAUCUGUACAUGGCCAGCAUCAAGCUAUCGCUGCUGACAGUAGUGAUCAGAUUCUAGGAAAACCAUCAACACCAGACAAGAUGGAGAAAGAGAAGGACCAUGGCCCCAGGUUAACCAAAAAGUAUUUGCGAGAUCUAUGCAAGCAGCACAAGCUAUACACAACGCCAUAUUUAAAUGACACACUAUAUUUACAUUAUAAAGGAUUUAUGCGGAUUGAGAAUCUUGAGGAAUAUACGGGCUUAAAAUGUCUAUGGCUGGAAUGUAAUGGUCUGCAGAAGAUAGAGAAUCUGGAUGCUCAGAUAGAGUUGUGUUGCCUCUUCUUGCACCAGAACCUUAUCAAUAAAAUUGAGAAUCUUGAGCACUUGAAGAAACUUGACUCACUUAAUCUCUCGAACAACCACAUCAGAACAAUAGAAAACCUGUCGUGUCUCCCAGCUCUGUCAACCUUGCAGAUUGCACACAACCAUUUACAAACAGUGGAAGAUGUACAGCACCUUGAGGAAUGCCAAAGUAUCAGCAUCCUGGAUCUAUCCCAUAAUAAGCUAGAUGACCCAGCUGUGAUUGAUGUCCUUGAGAAAAUGCCAAACCUGCACGUCUUGAACCUGAUGGGAAAUGAACUCAUUAAGAAGAUUCCCAAUUAUAGAAAAAUAGUGACUGUCCGUCUAAAAGGGCUAACUUACCUGGACGAUAGGCCCGUGUUUCCGAAAGACAGAGCAUGUGCAGAGGCCUGGACCAGAGGAGGAAGAGAGGCUGAGGCAGAGGAAAGAGAAAGGUGGGAGACCAGAGAGAGAAAGAAGAUCCAAGACAGUAUUGAUGCUUUAUCUGAAAUCAAAAGGAGAGCUGAAGAAAAAAUGAAAAGAAAAGAGACUGAAGAGAAAGGUGAAAUUCACCAAGACAUCACUGUGCCUUGUGAGGAGUACAUAAACCAUUGCAGGAAUGAAGAACCUCGGGAAAAGAUCCACAAGUUUGUUGAAGAGGCUAUGGAUGCCUGUGAUGAGUUGUACCCUGACACAGACAUCAAGGAAACACUUCUUCCCAAGAGCCCACAUAUACAGUUCAUGGACGCAGACAAGAAGACACAGGAUGAUGUCUCCGGCCAAAGGAAUUCAGAAUCCCCAUCAAUGGUACCAUCGGACAAUCCUAACAAUAAAGACAAAUUGUUGUCUCAGGAGACGCAUUCAGCAAAGAACAAUAUAAAUGCAAACCUGGCUUCCUACGAAGACAUGAACAUAGAAGGCUCCUUGACUACUAUGCUUGUUGAUGCUGAAGAUAUUGAAACACUGCCCCUGAAAGUUACAGAAAAGCUCUACCUUGAUGAUUUGCCUGAUUUGGAGGAUGUGGAAGUUGAUGAACCCUCUGAACAUCUACAAAAUAACAUUGGACAUAACAAGACAUAUCGACCAAAGAUUGAAGUGAUAUCUGGGGACAGUGAUGACAGUGUUGAUGACUGGGAAAGAAGUGAUGUGACGCCAGAAAUUUAUGAGAGUGUAGAGCCAACACACCCUGUGCUAAAUAUAUUCAGCAAGCCCAGUAAUGAACUACCCCUGGUAGAAGACCACCUGCAAAAACACGAAGAGGUGGAAAUUGGGCUUAUUCAGGAGGUGGACGGCAGUCAUGGGAAAGAGGGCGAUUUUAACAGACAGGACAAGACAAAAGGAGGUCCCACUGCAUCCCCUACCAGCCAGAAGGAUGAAGACAUUGAGUAUGAAUUGGACUGA